AUGGAUAGUGCUGGUGUGCAACAAAUUAUAUCUGCUUUAAACAUAGUGUAUGACCCCAAGUCAACAAAUGAUCAAAGAAGAGAAGCUCAAAACUUUUUAGAAACUAUAAAAUCAAAUGAUGAAUCACCAUACUGGGGGUUUCAAUUAGCAUUACCUGAAAAUAAUGGGUCAAAUUAUAUUGUGAGACAUUUUGGUUUAUCUCUAUUACAAUCAUCUAUUAGAUAUAGAUUUCAAUCAUUUGAUUCGACUAAAAUUUCGGCUAUUAAAAAUUGGAUAAUUGAGCUAGCCAAUAAAACUGAAAGUACUGAUCCUCAUUAUAUUAAAGAAAAAAUAGCUUUUUUGUGGGUUGCGUUAUCAAAAAGAAUAUGGGGUAGUUAUUUAGUUAAAACAAGGGAUGAUCAAGAGGAUAUAGAGAAUAAUCUCACAAUAAAUAUGGGAAAUGAUGUGGAAAAUGAUAAACCUAUAAUACAAUCUGGAGAAAAACGUAAAGUUUCACCACAAGAAGCAGAGAGCGGUUGGGUCUCCAUGGACUCUGACUUAUGGCAUUUAUGGAAUAGCAGUGUCACAUGUCGUGAAUUGUCAUUAAUAAUAAUAAGAACCCUAUUUGAAGAUAUUUAUUUAUUGGAUGAUCCGACAGCAUCAAAAAAUAGUGCCAUACUAACUCAAUUAUCGAUGUUGAUUGUAACUCCUAAUAAGAUUUUAGAUCUGAUUUACGAAAACAAUGAAACGAUAUCGGUGUGUAAGGCAUCAAUUGAUGGUUGGUUUAUUGCAUGGUCUACUUUCUUGCAAGAUAUCAUAUCCAAUAGUGAAUAUAAUAAUGACGAUUACCAAAAAUUCAUAACUAAAAUACUUGGAGCUUUUAAAACAUGUUUACACUGGAUAAAUCCAACAGUGCUAAGGGAGCAAAAUAUUAUGCAAACCAUGAUAAAAUUAUUGACUUUGAAUGACGUCAAAAUCAAAACUUUAGCUGUUGACUGUCUACAUAUAAUAUUCACUAGAACUUAUUUGCAAGAUGAGGAUUUCGAAUUUUUCAUCGGAUCAAUUUUCACAAUUGAAGGUAUCAAUAAAUUAUCUGAAUUUUAUCAGUCAUUGCAACUUGAUCCGGAUGAUAUUGAUGAACAAAUUUAUUCGUUAUUGAAGAAAACAGUAGAAAUGAUAGUUUCAUUGAGUGAGUACUUAAAUAUAUCGUCCAAACAUAAGGUUGAUUGGGAUCGAAGUGACAUUGAUGGGUACCUCAAAUUAGUUUUAAGAACGACAGAUCAUCCAAGUUUAAUUAUUAGUGGAUUAUCAUUACAAAUGUGGGUAACAAUAUUACGAUUUGACGAAUUAAGCGCCAAGCCACAAAUUAUAAAUGUCAUGAUGCAACUAUUAGAUAUCGCAGCGGAUAGAACUAUAAAUUUUUUGCUAGACGAUGAACAUAUAUCCAAAAAGUUUUUUGAUGUUGAUUUUGACUCGACGCCAGAUGCAACAAGUUUUUUGCAGAAUUAUCGAAAAUUUAAUGAAGAUAUUAUAAGAAUAACGGUUUGUAAAAAACCGGAAGAUGGAUUAUUAUGGUUAGAAAAUAGAUUACAAAAUUUUUUUAGUUCAGAUCUAGGAAACCAAUGUAUUAAUAAUUACAAUAUUGAUGAAAAAUCUAAGGCAUUUAAUUAUGGAUCGUCACAGUUCAAUACGAUAGAAAAUAGUAUAAGAGGUAUAUCAAGAUGGAAAAUCUGGUAUCACGGUGAAGACUUUGAUGAAAUUAAUGACAGGCUACAUAAGCUAGUUAUUCAAUUAGGUGAAAGAUUACUAGCUAUGAAUCUAGCUUCACCUUUAAUAAUACGAAGACAAGUUCAAACUUUGGUCCAAUUUGCACCACUUUUAAAAGAUGUCAACAGUCCAUUGAUGUUUCAAAUUUUAGAAAAAAUUUUAACAACAGCCACAUUCCCCUACCCACCUAACAUCUCGGAUGAUGACUUGGAAUUAAUAAGAGACUUGAGAGCAAGUUGUGGUACUGAAUUAAAUAGACUAGCGUACAUUAUGCCGGAAGCGUUAAAAAAGAUUUUUAAUGAUUUGGAGAAUGUCGUUGCUAACAUACUAUCCUCCAAAAAAGUUAGUGAACAUGAAAAUGUUGCAUUCAAAUCGUUCUUGUUAGUUAUAGCUUCCAGGUCCUCAAUUGAUGACAAAAAUGAUUUAUUUGCUAAAAUUGUUGAUCCUGAUAUUGCCGCUUGGUCAGCUCCUGAAACUGAGAAGGGUCUUGCCGACUUGCAUUGGUUCAUGGAAAGAAUAGGUAUAGUUCAAAUUGCAUCGUAUUUUCAAAAAAGAGGUAUCACCGCUAAUACAAACCUAUUGGAGGCUAAGAUGGAUGAUGAGGGUAAGCAAUUGAAAACAAAUUUGAAAGAUCAUUGGAGUUCAAUCUUCCCUAUUAGAGCAACUAGAAUUUUUAUUCAAUAUAGUAUAGAAAAAUUAAAUCAUGAUCUGCCUGAAUAUAUCAAUUUAUUAAAAUUAUGGAAACCAAGAGUGCAACCCAUUGUACCACAUGUUUUACAGUUAUUGACUCAAAUACAGGCUUACCAUAAUCCAGCCAAUUGGAAAGAUUUACCUGCUGAAGUUCAAAGUUUUGUCAAAUAUAGUUGUACUGAAAGGUUUUGGCAACAAGGUGUAUCAAUCCAAUCUAAGGAGACUUUUAUAGAAGAAAAUGUCAAAGCUGCAUUAACCCUACGAGACUUUGCUGAUUCAGUUGGGCAUUUGAUAAGAUAUACUAGAGAAUAUGCAUUCCUUACUGUUGGAUCAUUGGCUCAAUUAGAGGACACAUUAUAUGAAAUACCAGGUAUAGCAUCAAGAAUCUGGAAAGCAGUUGCUGGAGAUACGGUUGGGGUUACAUUACAUUCAUGGAAACAUAUGAUCAAUAGUUGUUUGAGAGUUGUCAUUAAAUUUUGUCCAGUAAAAUUUGUUGAAGUAUUCAUGAGCGAAUUAUUGCCUCCGGCGUUGAAUGAUAUUGACGAAUUAAUUGUGUCAAAAUGGGAUAAAGUUUACAAGAAUGGCCUUCAACUACAAGGAAAUGAAGAUGAUGAAACAUUAUCGGAAGAAAUGAUGGAGGAGCAUAUGUUGAGACAACUCACUGCUACUGUUGUCAGAUUAUUAAUGGACGUUGUUGGUCAAUUCAAUUCCAAGACAAUGUCAAAUACUCAAUUUGCAUGUAGAAAACUAGUUAUAGAAAGAAAAGAAGUUUUAGCACCAUUCUUGAAAAUUUGCUGCCAUAUAAUUACUUUCAAAGAUACAAAAUGUUCAUUUAAUACAAUUCUAGUCAUUAGAAACAUAGUUACAGAAGUAACUUUAAAAGAUGACGAAGUUGAUAAAUUUUUAAGUGACUACCUAAUAAAAGCAUUACUACAAGUGUUAUUAGAUGAUUAUUUUGUUGAAACUCAUGGAGAAGCAGCAUUAGCAUUAACAUCAUUAUAUUGUCAAUUAAGAUUGAAGGAUGAUUAUGCAGCAAGAGUCUUGAUAGCAAAUUUACCAAAUAUAAAACCACAACACAUACUGAAUUUCGAAAGUUUAUUAGUCUCAUCUAGAUCAAUAAGGCAUCAAAGAUCAGCUCUAUUGGAAUUAAUUAAAAUAUCAAAAGAUAAUGGUUCAAUGAAUGAUAAUGACGAAUUAAGUAAACGAAAAAAAGAACUUGAUAGUAUUACGAAAAGAAAAAAAAUCGGUGCAGAAAACUCAGAUGUUAUGAACGACCCAUUUGUGGAAAAUGGAGCAUUAGGAAAUUUAUUUGGGGAUGAAUAG